UUCAUAUAAAAUUAAAUAGUUAGUAAUACAUAUAGAGCAUUUCUUAAACGAUAUAAUAAAUCAAAGUUUUUAAAAAUAUGAUCUUUAAGAAGACGCCAGACCCGCAUGUGUAAUACUUUAAAAUGCUCAUAACUCGCUUAAAAAUUAAAAUAUCGUAAAAAACGACAAGAGAACACAGGUAAUAUCCUUACCUUGUAAGUUAUAUAAUAGGUUAUUUCACUCUAAUAUUUAAGCUAAACACACAAAAUUGGUUCUACAGAACGAAAAUUUACCAUGUGUACGAUUGUAAGACGGAAACAACACAUGCGGGUGUAGUGUCCAUUUAAGUGUACUUAAAAGUUUCUGAAAUCAGAAUCCUAAAAAAAUAAAUAUUAUGAAGAAAACACUGUAGUAAAUAUGCUUGGUAAAUUGCUCUGUACAGUAUAUAUAUAUUAUUAUGUAUAAACUAUGUUUAUUAAUUGAAAAAUUAGUAACCCUAGUUUCUACCUACAAUAUUAUAUUGCGAAUAUUUUAAUGGAUUUUUGUUCACUGCGAUAUUAUAACAUUUAUAUCACGGUAAAACAGAGACCGUUAGUCAUAUUAUAUAAAAUUAAAAAAAAAAACUGUUGUUUACAACUUUCCAAUAAAUUAACACCUUAUUUCCUAAGUACACACUUAACCUAACUAAAUAUAAAACUCAAUAUAAACAUAUUGACAAGACAUAUAAAUUAUUCAGCUUUUUUUAGUACAAAAACAUAUUCCGAUUAUUGUCGUUACAAUAAUAAUAGUGCUAUAAAUAACCACAAUAACCCGUUAAAUAGUUUUACAAUAAUACGUAAUGAUGUAUUAAAAAGUAAUUAUGUACGCUCUGAAUCACACACAAUCGGUGCCAUUCCAAAUCGAUGCGAUUUAAUUAAUAUAACAAUAUGUUACUUGUAUAUUCAUCGCCGUGAUUGUAUCGAAACACGAUAAUCAACGCGUUUCUAUGUUAAAUGUUUACAGUAAACACAAAAUUCGUUAUUUUACAUAAUAAUGGAUUCGAAUAUCUCCUAUCCUUUGUCGUUUUCGUAAAUACAUAAGCCAUGUAUGACACAAAAUCGAAAAUUGAAGCAGACUUUAUAUCGCCUUUACUUGCCAGCUCUUGCGCCCUGACAAUCGGCAUGAACCUGAAUUGGUGGCCGCUGAAUAAAGUGGAAGGACAGCCGCCGGAUCGUCCAAACUUCACAGACGAACAGCUGGACAACGUGGUAGCCACUAUGUACCUGGUUGCUAUCGGCUGGUCGCAGUGGUCGGGCACCUACGUCGGUCGCGUGGGCCCGUACGCGCUAAUGGCGUUUGGCGUGUCCGUGUCCAUCUGCGGCAGCAUACUGGCGUCCUUAUUUUCGUGCCACGUCUACUGCGUGUACGCGGUUCGCGUCCUCCAGGGAUUCGGAUGCGCAUCGCUGGCCGUGGCCGUGCCCGAAUACAUCAUGAUGAGCAACGCGAACGUUAAGGAUUCGUACCAAAGCGAGUACUGUGCACUGCCACGAUAUAAUAAUUAAUUGUAGACAAAUAACAAAUAAUCAGGAAAAAAACUCCCGACCCAUAAAUAACUCCCAGUGUGUAAUUGGUAUGUAAAGUCUAUGUUCUGUCAUACAGACAUGAUAUUAUAAUAAUAUUAUACAAAAAAAUAUAUUAUUAUCCUUUAUCCACCUAGA